GCGCUGCACUGCUUGGCCGCCAUGUUUCGGGCCGCCGUGCUUCUGCUACUCUGUGCAGCAGUGAUGGGUGAUGGCACCACGAACUUGUUCAAGGGCUGCGUACGGAGUCCCGACCGGCGCGUUAUACCUGGAAUAUGCACCCUGGCUCCGGGGCGUUCGCUUCCUGGCAACCCUGUCCUGCUACGCUAUGCGCACAAGCUUCUUAAGAGGCGCACCUACCAACCGCGCAAGGGAAAUCGCAACACCGUUCUCCGACUCAUUCGCGCAGGACUGAUGGUUACCGAUCCACCACGUGGUCAAAUUGUCCGCGUGGAGUUCGUGACCGUGCAGAGUGACUGUGACCGCUCGGUCCGCUACAACCCUGACCUCUGCAAGCCAGUCGGGAGGAAGGCAAAUGGGCUGUGCCAAGCGAAGUUCCUUGUGCAGUACGGCCUAGGCGUUCUCCAGCGUGGCUGGUGCCACACUGUAGUAGGCCGACCUUCUGCAGAGCAAGAUUCCGCUACUGUGACCCCCUGAAGCGCGCAUGCGCCAGGCGAGCGAGCCGCAGACUUAGGAAUAAAUAAAAUGUCUUGAGAAUUUA